AUGUGGUUGCAACGUUAUCUAAAGAACAACUUUGAUAUCGAGUUUCCUACUCAAGAGCAACUAGAGAACCUUCGUUACUACAAAUAUGCAGCCGUCGACAAGUCUUAUGUAACAAAGUACAUUCUAUCGCAUUACUGGAACUGGGCAAUCACUCUCUUCCCAAUGUGGAUUGCACCCAAUCUCAUUACGCUCAUUGGACUUGGCUUUAUGGUCUCCAACGUACUACUGGUGGUCUACUAUGUGCCCGACCUCGGUAUAGAUGCACCCAACUGGAUCUAUUUCAGCUUUGCUGCCGGGCUAUGGCUGUAUUCGACCUUUGAUAAUGUGGAUGGAAAGCAAGCACGACGUACUGGCACUUCAUCACCUUUGGGAGAGCUUUUCGAUCAUGGUUGUGAUGCCCUCAAUACAGCCUUUGUCUCCAUCCUUCAAUGUGCAGCUCUCGGUUUAGGCCAUACCCAGAAUUCAUUGAUCAUUUUCAUCACCACCGUCUUUGGUUUCUACAUGUCGACAGCAGAGGAAUACUAUACCAAGGUUCUCUAUCUCGGCGUCGUGAAUGGACCCACAGAAGGCAUUUUACUCACUUGUUUUGCAUUCAUUUGGAGUGGCUUCAAUGGUGCAGCGUCGUGGCACGUGCCACUAAGCAAGGGCAUUCCAUUUGUUGCUCCCUUGUUUCCAAAUGGUACAACAGCAGCUGACGUCUUUGUUUGGGCACUUGUACUUUCGUUUGUAUUCACACUCUUGAUCCCAUGCUUACAUUCAAUUUACACCGUUUGCCGAGACAAGAAGCAGGAUUGGGUCGAAGCUUAUGCCAAUGUGCUGUUUCCCAUCAUUGUAUUUGCUCUUGCGGAGUUUUGCUGGGUCAUGUCACCAACAUCGGCCAUCCUCAAAGGCGAACAUCUGUGCCUGUUUGCAUUGACAGUCGGCAUGCUCUUUGGUUUGAUGGCUUCCAACAUUAUCCUUGCUCAUUUGACACGCUCGCCUUAUCCCAACCUUGGUUUUAUUGUGGCUCCGGUCGUUGUCAUGGCCAUUCUCGUCAAUAGCGACUUGCUGAUCUCCAUACGCAUCCUCUCUUCAAAUGUUGAGAUCGGCUUACUAUGGGCUAUGUUUGUCGUUGGUUUUAUCUCUUAUGGUGUUUGGGCCACACUUGUCAUUGAUGGAUUUUGCCGAUUCCUUGGUAUUCGUUGCUUGGUGAUUCGUCGCCAAAAGCAACCUGAACAUCGCAUUGACGUAGAAGCUGAUCCUGAGGCAGAUGCCUUGCUUGACGCUGAGGAAGCUGCAGCAGCAGCUGAUGUGGCAGGUGGUAGUAGUAGCGCUAGCAACAGCGCAGGCGCAUCAACGAGACGACCCGCUGACGAUGAUGGCCGGAAUUCAUACAGCACUUUCCAUUAG